CAAUUUUCCGACGACGCAGGACGACACUCUCUUUAUUCCAAACCUACGCAUCAGCCAUCAAUUGAUCCCUCGCCAGCGCAAGGGCAUCGCGCGCUCCCUCGAUUUCCUUUGCUUUUGCCUUCAAGGCUCUUGGUUUCUUCUUUUUCUCCUCCCUCAUCUUUUUCUAAAACUUUAAUAGAGAGCGCUACUGCUCUUUUCUACGCGACUCGCCAUCUUACUCCCACCGCAGCAACACGCGCCAAACCACCAUGGCGCCAAACUACUCGCCCCCAGACUCGCCAUUAUCGUCAGCAAUGGACUCAUCAGAGCCGUACGAAGAAGAUCUCCACGACGACGAAACGACGCUACGGCCGUCCAAACGCCAAAAAGUUGAGGCCGGCUCGACAACAUCGUCGGCCGUGAUCCCCGAUGCCGAGCACGAGCCGGUGCCAGAACCCGAUCCUCUCGAGGGCAUGUCGGACGUAUCGUCGGACACGUCAGGCGACAUCCCGAGCUCCCCCGUGAACGCCAGGCUGGAGGAGGAAGACUUCCAGGACCAGGUGACCAUCUGCGACUGGGACGGCUGCCCUGCAGGGGACCAGGGCAACAUGGACAAGCUGGUUGAGCACAUUCACAAUUCGCACAUUGAGAACCGUCAGAAGAAGUACACGUGCGAAUGGCGAAGCUGCAACCGAAAGGGUUUGCCUCAUGCCAGUGGCUAUGCCUUGAAGGCUCAUAUGCGGAGCCACACCAGAGAGAAGCCCUUCUACUGCUAUCUGCCUGAAUGCGACCGCUCAUUUACGAGGUCCGAUGCCCUAGCUAAACACAUGCGCACCGUUCACGAAACCGAAGCUCUCCGACCAUCCGACCCCGUGCCCAAAUCUAUGCAAUCAGGGCCAACAGGUCGGACCGGAAAGCUCAAGAUCAUCAUCAAAACUCCUCAAUCUCAAUCCGCCGGACAAGACGACGGAGACGACGCCAACGGCGAGGUUCCUCCGUCGGAGUGCUUCACGGCACUCACGUCGGAGCUCUUCACCGAAGAAGAGCUCGAACUUCCCCUCGCCAAGCUAUGGCGCAAGUGCCACUGGGAGGCGACGUGGGCAGAGGAGGUUGGAGAGGCGCUCAAGAACGAGUGCAAGCAGUGGGAAGAUCUCUACUACAAGGAGUGGCUCGAGAAGGAGGUUUUGCUGGCGCAGGUCAUUCAAAGCGAGGUGGACUGGCAUGAGCGCCGUCAGGCUAUCAUCUCUGGCGCUGCUGACGUGCAGCUCCCCAGCAGCACGGAGGAAAGAGAUGAAGAGACUGGCAAUGGCGUUCACAAAGAAGCCGUCUCCGCGACUGCUGACAAGGAAUAGGAGCUUGAGGGACGCAGUCUUCCGCGGGAAUUUGUGUUUUUGCAAUACGGUAAACGCUGGAUGUAGAAAUUUCGGUGAAUAGGACCAUCGGACGGGGCUGGAAGGGAUUGAAGCAAAAAGAUGGGCGUGCAUGUAGAAUGCAACGGGGAGUUUUGGGAGUUUUUAUCAGAGGACACGCAAGGCGGGCUUAGAAGCAACCGUAAUCUUGAUCUUUGUCUCUUUCUAUUUUCUUUUACUAUCAGGUGUUUUGUUUGUUUUCUUAUUGCUUUUACCUUGCGCUUCUUUACUCUCUGGGCCAGCAUGGAAGUCCGACUUUAGAUACAUAGUAUGCAAGGGAGCAGAGUGGGAUGUGCUCUCAGGUUUUUCUUUGGUCGCAUGGUGUAAGAUAGCAAUGAAAUAUACCAAAGGAUGAUUCAAUAUGGCUGACUUCCUUUGUCAAUACGAAU